AUGGCACAAAAGGUGAUUCUGGUCUUUAGCGCCCUGGUGGCGAUGGCCGUGGGUGUCGUGGUCCCCGGACCUGGACUCGCAUAUCCCGGACACGGACUUGCACUGCCCGGAUUGCCGGGAUUACCAGCUUAUCCUGCGCUGCCAGCAUUGGGAGCGCCAUUGGCUAAAAUUGCGGCGCCAGUUUAUCCUGCGCUGACCAAAAUUGCUGCCCCACUAGCUGUUGCCAAGGUAGCUGCUCCCGAGCCAUACGAUCCGAAUCCACAAUAUAGUUUCAGCUACGAUGUGCAUGAUGGUUCAACGGGCGAUGUGAAGAGUCAGCAGGAGACACGCAGUGGAGACGUGGUCCAGGGUGCCUAUUCUUUGAUCGAAGCCGAUGGCACCCGCCGCAUUGUGGAGUACACGGCUGAUCCGGUGCAUGGUUUCAACGCUGUUGUGCAUCGCGAGGGCGCAGUCGUUAAGGCUGUUGCGCCUGUGGCUAAGGUUCUGGCUCCUGCUCCACUGCUGCACGGUCCUGUGGUUGCCAAGCUUCCCGCCCUGGGACCAGUUUUGCCACAUGGCUUGGGACCGGCACUGGCGCCUGCUUACCCCGGGCUUGCAAGGCUUCCCGCUCUCUCGCCUCUGGCGUAUCACUAA